CUAGUUCUCGUUUCCUUCCGGAUGUUGAUCAAUCCGCUUCCCCUCAUAAAGAAAAUGGACAAAAGUUAAUCAACAAAACUUUUCUUACAAUCUGAACUCGUUCAUAUCUUGAAAUAAGUCUUUUUUGUGUGUGUGUGUGUUUUUGACCGCUCUUAUCAUAGACAAAGUGUCGUCCCCCGGUGUCCAGACGUUAGUGUCGUAUUUGACAGCUUGAGACGGACGGAGGGUGAAACCGGUGGGUCAGAAACAGCGGUUCAUUACCGGGAGGGACGCUUCGACCGGAGGAAUCACGUCCACUUUGUUCCGUUCAGAACCAACCGAGGGAGAAAAAAAACACCGUUUCCCUGUAACUUAACUAGUGGUUAGAUAGUUGUUUAACUAGUUACUGUAGCUCAAUCUCCCGGUAAAGGUUUUACGGCGGAUGGGAUGAAAGCACGACUACAAAGAUUCAAUUUAUUCAAUGUCAAGACGGAGACAAAAGCUGUCCCUGAGAUCAUCAGUACGCUGCGUCAGGCCGGGAAGAGCUCGGCGCGCAACGAUGACCUCGCAGCGCCCAAACCCGCCGCCUCUUCCUCCUCCUCAGACUGUACUCCGUCCGCGUCGUCGGCCUUCGGCGCGGCCACCACGUUCGUCAAGAGGUUUGAGGUUCUGUUCUGUGGAAGAGUGACUGUCGCUCACAAGAAAGCCCCGCCCGCUUUGAUUGACGAGUGCAUCGAGAAAUUCAGCCAAUCCGUAAGGGCCGGGGGCGAUCCUAAACCAGAAAGUGGCGGUGGAUUGGUGGACGGGCUGCGGAGAGCUCUGGCCUUACCGACGCUAACGCGAAAUGGAGGAACGGGGGAUGGAGAGGUCAGGGGAGGAGGGUACGGUGCCUCUAGUGGUGGGAGGCCGGUGGUGUUCAAACCAGACCCCAGUUUCCCCUGCCUCAGGGCCCUGGAUGAGAACGGCCUGUCACCUGAACUACACACACACCCCGCUGGGGUCCAGCCCACCAGUCUACAGGAGAACAGGACCAUGCUGUUCAUGGUGGGUCGGUCUCAGAUCUUCCUGGUCAGUCCAGACACUAAGAAGGUUGCCAUAGAGAAGAGCUUCAGAGAAAUAUCUUUCUGCUCACAGGGUAUUCAUCAUGUGGAUCACUUUGGGUUCAUCUGUAGAGAGACAGUAGAAGGAGGGAGCUGUACGUUCGUCUGCUAUGUCUUCCAGUGUACUGAUGAAUCCCUGGUGGAUGAGAUCAUGUUGACUUUAAAGCAGGCGUUCUCUGUGGCCGCCCUGCAGCAGAGUGUAAGGACCAGGAGCCAGCAGUGUGACAGUUGCCCCAUGCAGCAGCUGCACAGGCUGUGUGAGAGGAUAGAAGGUCUCCUCCCGUCUAAAGCCAAGCUGGAGUUUCAGAAACAUCUGGCCACACUGGACAAUCAGGAACAAGCUGCCGUGUUCGAGAACACUGUGAGGGCCAGUCCUAAGAGUGACCAGGAGGAGAAUGAGCUGCUGAUGGGGUCUUUGAGGAGUCUGUAUGAACAGAAACAGAGGAGUCAUCAACACACAGAUCACAGACCGAGGGCCAGUCCUAAGAGUGACCAGGAGGAGAAUGAGCUGCUGAUGGGGUCUUUGAGGAAAACAGAGGAGUCAUCAACACACAGAUCACAGACCGGUACCAGAGGCUCCAGCCCCAGUAGAGGUCCAGUCAGUAGCAGACAGAGAUUAGAGCAGUUUAAAACCAGAGCAAAACGCUCCCUCACAGAGUCACUGGAGGGCAUCUGGAAGGGAAGUAGCAAAGCCAGGGCUCAGAGAGAGAACAGUGAAGGAGACAUCAGUUCAUCUGACUCUACACUGAACUCCACUGAACAGGACCCCUCCCUAGAAGACCCCCUCCCCUCCUCCAAUCCUCUGCGGUCUCACAACUCGACAGGGGACCUGAAACGUCUGGACACCUCUCCUCUCUCCGUCUCUCCUUCCUUCUCAUCCCUGUCUCUGUCCUCCCGGGACGCACUGUCCCAGUCGCAUGGCUUCAGGCGGAGAGCCAGCACCUUCAGCCACUCCCCUUCCUACCACGAUCACGCCCCUUCCUACCCUGACCACACCCCCUCGUAUACACACACACCCCAGGUACCCAGCAGCUCCACCAAGCCCAAACUGGUUCGGCACUACUCUGUCAGCACCGACACUCCGCACCAGAGCAAACGACUCCAGGCGGACCCUACUCUUCCUUUCCCGUCCUUCCCCUCUCCUCUUCUCUCUCAUCGACCCUCAUCCCCCUCUCUCGGGGGUCGCCUGGCCAAACGAAGUCCUCUGGGAGGUCUGCGCGCGCUCGUCUCCGCUCCUCCUCCUCUGUUCCCAACUUCCUCAAACUCCUCGCUCCUGUCCACGAGAGCCACACCUGUGACUUAGACAAGAGGAGUGACGUAGCAGCCCUGUCCAGUCCGGUAGCAGUGUGUGUGGUAGGAGACAGUCCUCUACGGAGACACUCCUGGAGACAACAGAUCUUCCUUCGUGUCGCUACCCCUCAGAAAAACACUGACAGCAAUGGUACG